AUAUUUUCUUUCUUUUUGUACAAAAGAAAUAUGCGAACUUUUAUUUGAAAUCCAAACUCAUACUGGAUUGAUCCAAAUUUACAGUAAAGUAAUAUUUAUAAUCGUGAUUUCUUAUUAGAAUCACUUGUCCAACGUCUUCUGAAUUUUUACUUAGAUGUCUUAUUUGAAUUCUUUCAUACUUCCUUUCAUUGUUUUCAAUUUCUUCAAUAACCCUUUGUCCUUCUUGUUUCUCUUUCUUUCCUUUCUAGAAAAUUUACUUUGUGGCCUAUAACAAUUGAGCAUGCUGAACUGAUUGUGGCCUAUAAUGACUUUUUAUUUGAUUAGAUCCACGAAGAAAAGCAUCAGUUCUCAUUUCAGAUCUGCAUCUGUGUUGUUCGAUGAAAGGUCAAACUGAAGUUGAAUCAAACUCACAAACUGCCACACCUUAAGAGGGAAGAGUUAAAAUUACAGUUCCACCCACCAUACUUGGAAACUAAUGGCUGAAAUGAAGAAGAAAGCAGGGUUGAUCUUCUUCACCAUACCGGGGAUUGGCCACUUAGGUUCAUCUCUCGAAUUAGCACAACUUUUGAUCAACCGUCAUAACCAUCUUUCGAUCACAAUCCUCUGCAUGAAGCUCCCUCAUGCUCCCUAUUCAGAUGCAUACAUCAGAUCAAUUACAGCUUCACAACCACAAAUCCAAGCCAUUGAUCUCCCUCACGUAGAACCCCCUCCACAGGAACUACUAAAUAGAUCAAUACCACACUACAUAUGGACCCUCUUGCAGAUUCUCAAACCCCAGGUCAAAGCCACAGUACAAAACAUUUUAUCAUCAUCUCAGUCAAAUCCCGUUAUUGGGUUGGUCAUAGAUGUUUUCUGUUCACCGAUUAUUGAUGUGGGAAACGACCUAGGCAUCCCUUCUUAUUUGUUCAUGCCCUCAAAUGUUGGGUUUUUGAGUCUCAUGCUUUCCCUUCAGAAACGUCAAGUUGGUGAUGUGUUCUGUGAUUCUGAUUCAAAAUGGUUGAUUCCGGGUUUCCCUGAUCCAUUUCCUUCUAGUGUUAUGCCUGAUGCUGUUUUUAGCAAAGAGGGUGGAUAUGCUGCUUAUUAUAAUCUUGCUCAGAGGUUCCAGGACUCCAAAGGGAUCAUUGUCAAUACUUUUUCAGAGUUGGAGCAGUAUGCUAUUGAUGCAUUAUGUGACGGUCAAAUUCAAACACCUUCUAUCUAUGCUGUUGGUCCACUGAUUAAUCUCAAGGGUCAUCCUAACCCAAAUUUGGAUCAUGCACAACAUGACAGAAUAUUGAAAUGGCUAGAUGAGCAACCUGAUUCCUCUGUAGUUUUUCUUUGUUUUGGAAGUAGAGGAAGUUUUGAUCCACCUCAAACAAGAGAAAUAGCACAAGCACUUCAGCGUAGUGGAGUUAGGUUCUUGUGGACUAUGCGUACUUCACCACCAACAACAAAAACUGAAGAGAGAACGUUACCAGAAGGGUUUUUAGAGUGGACAGAAGGUAGGGGAAUGCUAUGUGAUUGGGCACCACAAGUGGAGGUUCUGGCCCACAAAGCCAUUGGGGGAUUUGUGUCUCAUUGUGGAUGGAACUCUAUUUUAGAAAGCUUGUGGUUUGGAGUACCAAUAUUGACAUGGCCUAUUUAUGCAGAACAGCAGCUGAAUGCUUAUAGGAUGGUGAGGGAAUUUAGAUUGGCAGUGGAGCUGAGACUGGACUAUAGAAGGGGUAGUGAUCUUGUAAUGGCGGAGGAGAUUGAGAAAGGGCUAAAACAGUUAAUGGAUAGAGAUAAUACGGUACACAAGAAGGUGAAAGAAAUGCAAGAGAUGGCUAGGAAAGUUGUACUCAAUGGUGGGUCUUCUUUCAUCUCUGUUGAGAAACUCAUUGAUGUCAUGACAUUGAAUUUCUUGGUGGGGUUGCCUAGCAGCCACUUUGAUGAAUCAAUUAAUGAAAAAGCCUAACUAUGUACUGCAAGCAAUUGAUUGCACAAUUGGUGGGGUUGCCUAGCAGCCUCAGUGUCAGAAGUUUUUUAUCAUCAAAGGAAAGAAAUUGAAUGACCUCAGUCUUGUUUAGAACUUGCUUGUAAGAUCCUCAAAAGAAGUUAAUUUUAUAAAGUGAUAUUACUCCUCUA